AUGGCGCCCCUCUCGACCAUGUCGCGCGCCCUCGCGCGGUCCGCCGCCUCCGCCUCCGUCCGGCUACCCGUCCGGGCCAUGAGCUCGAGCCCGGCCCUGCGCGACCACGCCACCGCCUCGUCGACCUACGAGAGCCCCUUCAAGGGCGAGCCCAAGACCACCAAGGUCCCCGACUUCUCCAAGUACAUGGCCAAGCGUGGCGGCAGCGCCAAUGCGGUGUUUUCCUACUUCAUGGUGGGCACGCUCGGCGCGAUCUCGGCUGCCGGGGCCAAGUCGACUAUCCAACAGUUCCUCGUCAACAUGUCUGCUUCCGCCGAUGUCUUGGCCAUGGCUAAGGUCGAGGUCGACCUCAACGCCAUCCCUGAGGGCAAGAACGUCAUUAUCAAGUGGAGAGGCAAGCCAGUCUUCAUCCGCCACCGGACGCAGGCCGAAAUCGAGGAGGCGAACAGCGUAAACGUUGCCCAAUUAAGAGAUCCCCAGUCCGACGAGGAGCGUGUCAAGAAGCCGGAGUGGCUUGUCAUGUUGGGCGUCUGCACACACUUGGGUUGCGUGCCCAUCGGCGAGGCCGGUGACUACGGAGGCUGGUUCUGCCCCUGCCACGGUUCUCACUACGAUAUCUCAGGCCGCAUCAGGAAAGGACCCGCGCCGCUGAACCUCGAGAUCCCCGCGUACGAGUUCCCCGAGGACGGCAAGCUGGUUGUCGGUUAA